CAGGAUGUGACGUCUCCGUUACUUUACCUUUAACCCUCUUCCCAGAAGAAGGAAGUCAACAAAGAUGGCUGACUGGAAUAGAGGACAUGGCUCUGGUGCUGUGGAUGAGAUGCUGGAUGUUGAGAAUAAGCUCUUGGCAGACAAUCUGGCCACUAAAGUCUCCAGACUAAAAUCACUGGCCUUUGAAAUAGAUAAAGAAGCUGAGGACCAAAAUUCCUAUCUUGAUGGCAUGGACUCAAACUUUUUGAGCACCACAGGGCUCUUGACAGGAAGUGUGAAGAGGUUUUCUACAAUGGUUCGCUCUGGAAGGGACAACCGGAAGAUUUUGUGCUAUGUCUCAAUUGGACUGGUCUUAGUUUUUUUUAUACUUUACUACCUAGUCUCUAGGACACAGACGUAAAGUGGACAAAGGGAAAAAGUUUUGUUCCUUAAUUGACAAGGGGUUUGCAAUGAGUUUCUCAAUUAUAUGAGAAAUUGAAAAUAUUUCCUAAUGAUACAGGCCUCAUUAAGCUCUGAUCGUUGUGGUGAAGCACCCCCAAAAGACUGAAAAACCGCCGUUUUUUCCCAGUAAAACUGAAAUUCACAGAACGCAAUAUAAUCUGUACAUCGAAACAAAGGUUUCUGGUUUUAACCCUGAUUAUAGCAACAUUUCUCUGUGCAUUCUUAAAUGUGAAAUUUCAUCCUGUGAAAGAGAAUGAGAAGGUUUGCUGGUAUCCUGAUUGCAGAAUGCUUCUUGGUGGUUUGGUUUGUGGGGAGUGGGUGUUCCUCAUGUGCGUUUCUGCUUCUCUGGAAUAUUCUCGUACCUAGGAGUAAUUUUAAGAUUAUAAGAAAUGAAAACGAAGGUUAGAGAGCAGCAGAAAACAUACUCCUAUGACCUAUGAAGUUAUCCUAGAUGAUAAACGGAUCAGGAAUGGGAAGAACUACUAGUUGUUUUUAGAGUGGUGAAAGAGGGAGGCGGAUCGGUUUGUCUUUAAAAUAUUUAAGACAGGGGGAGUACACAAUUUAAAGCUGCUGUAAUGUGGCAGGUGAAUGAAGGUGUGCUGUAGAAAAAAACAGAAGUCUUUAAUUUUUCAGUAUUUUGCAGCUACACCUAGGACCUUGUAAUAUUUCAGCAUUGGCACAAGGUUAUUAUUAUACUACAGAAUACACUUACAUGGAAAUAUUUAUUCUUCUAAGUUAAAUUUUUAAUUCUAAACUGUGAUAAUGAUAUUUUUAUUUUUGGUAAUCAGGAAGUUCUUUUUUCUUUUGUUAGAAUAAAGGUGAUUAUCAGUUUUGGCUGUUGAAAAAUUAAACAAGUCCUUAUUUAACUGCAGUUGGUUUAGAUCUGAACAGCUGCUUUGAACACGCAGAUAGUAAGGCAGCUUUGUUGUUUCUACGCAGAAAGUGACUGGAGAAGUUCAGGAUACAGAUAAUCUAUUUACCAUUAUCAAAGGGAUUCAUUCUAAUUAGUAACAGAUCAGUAAUUAAUUUCCAGAUAAAAGGUUUUAAAAGGUCAAACUGCAGCUAUAUUAAAGGUUUAAACAAAUAAAUAUUGUACUUCUGUAUACAUCUUUGAUGCUGCUAGCUGUGCCAUCUACAAUCCAUGGGGGCUUUUAUUCAAAAAUAAACUAAUACAGACCCAGAACAGUAGUCUCAAUCAUAUGACUUCUAACAAAUAAUCAUAACAUAAGAUAAAAAAUGGAACAAGCUUCAUAAUCAGCUUUGUUAUUUGCUCUUGACGGAACAUAUAUCAAGUUUCUACAUUGAUACCAACUGUUUUGUCAGUUGUUUUUCAGGUACAUCUUACAUGAUACUUUUUAUAAUAUUUUUAAACCUCAAAGAGAAGUGAAGAAAAGUCUAAAAGAAAAGCUUCAAAGCAAUGUUGAUUUUUGAAUGGUGAAACUAGCGUUCAUGUUUGUUGUCUGCUGUGUCAUUUGUUUUCCUUUAGCAUGACAGAUUGCUUAAGAAAAAUAUUGCCAUUAGCAGGCAAAUGAAGCAUAUGGUACUGACUAUGCAUUUAAUUGACUGUACUUUCCUUGUGUUAUUUCAUUGAAAUAUUGAAAAUGCAGACUAACAAUUUGUCAGAAUGUCAGUCUUGAAAGAAUUUUCAGAGUAUAAUCAUGUUAAUGAUUAUAUUCCUUUUAAUGUAUAGAAUGUUUGUAAUAAACUUCUUAAAAAAUAAAAUGAGUAUUCAGUGAGGGUAAAAUGUCAAGCCCUUAAUA